UCGAUAAUCCACGACCUCUAUCAUCAAGUGCUUGUCAAUCUGGCAUUUAUGCGCGUAGUACCGGUUUUUCAUUUUGUAGAGUUUUUAAUAAAGUGUUUACUUUUAUUAUAACAUAUUUGACUCGAAUGUGGCAUAAUUCAAGUGAUUUUUUAUUAUUUAACUCAUUUAUAAACAUACAGUCGUAUUUAACUACUUGAAAACAGUACAAAAAGAUUAACCAUGAGUUCUGGCAGCAUUUGUUAUAAGUGCAAUCAACCCGGUCACUUUGCUAGGGAGUGCUCACAGCCAGGAGGCGGUAGAGAUUCUGGAAGAGGCUCUUUCAGUAGAAGUCGCGACAAAUGCCACAAGUGCAACAAAAUGGGUCACUAUGCACGUGACUGUAAGGAGGAAGCUGCUCGUUGUUAUCGUUGCUAUGGUGAAGGGCACUUUGCUAAGGAUUGUAUGCAAAGUCCAGAUAUGCCGUCCUGCUACAAUUGUAGAAAACCAGGACAUAUUGCUCGCAGUUGUCCAGAAGCAGGUGGGGACAGGUCCUCAGGUAAUGACACUUGCCACAACUGUCAAAGACCAGGGCAUAUUUCAAGAAAUUGCCCUGAGAGCACAAAAACAUGCUACUUGUGUCACAAACCAGGUCAUCUGAAAAGAGAUUGCCGAGAAAAUGACUACAGAAAGUAGUACCACAUGUUUAUUAUUUUGUUGUACCUAUUUUAUAUAUUUAAACAUUUGAGAAUGUCUGUUUUCCUAAUUUCUUGUUGGAACUAAUGUUUCUUAUAUUCUUUUUAUAUUAAGCUGUAGGCUAAAACUCAAUUCUCAUUUGUCCAAUUUCCAAAGUGAUAUUGUACUUACUUGUUAUUUCUAAUAGUAAAGACGUUCUUAUCAGUUUUAUCGAAAAACGAAAUGUAUGCCUGUUCUAACUUAUUUAAAAUUUUUAUCAACAUUUGAAGAGUGGCCGAGCUAAGUGAUCUAAGUGCCAAAAUUAAAAAUUGCCAGAAAUCAAAGAAAAUUUGACCAACCAAAAAAUAAAACAAUUGAGGUCUGGACUGAGAUAUUCUUUUUCACAUUAUGAUCGACGAUAGUGGCUCUUAUCCCUCGGGAAGCUAUUGGUGUGCUCUUUUACUAUUUAUCAUGAAGAGUGUACUUAAACAUUGGCACUUGAUCAUUUAACAAAGAACAUGAUGCUUGACUUAGGGCCGCUUGUUCGAACGCUAAUCAACAAUGAUCACUAUCAAAUAUUUAAUUACUGUCACCAACUGUCAAUGUCAACUUUGAUUGGGUUGCUGAAAACAUAAUUGAUUAACUAAUUUCAUAAUUGUAAUCCAUAAUUAUGUUUUCAGCAACUUAAACAAAGUUGACAUUGACAGUUGGUGACAGUAAUUAAAUAUUUGAUAAUGAUCAUUUUUGAUUAGCGUUCGAACAACCGGCCCUUACAGGCGGCUCAUCUUUGGGUUUUGUUUGCAACCACUAGAAUGAAGUUGGCAUACAAAUAUCAUAGGGGGACAUUGGCAUAGCAACAUAGAUCAUAUUAAUUGGGAAAAUAAACAAAAUUUAUAUUUUGACACUUAGAUCACUUACCUCGGCCACUCUUCAUUUAUGAAUUAUGAAAAUAACCAGACAUUUAAUAUGUUGAAAUUGUUUAAAUGGUACAAAAAAUAAGGUUUUGAUUUUUCUGUUUCUUAAGCUGACAUUUUGGUUAUAAAAACGUUAAAUUAUAUAAAUAAAGAUUUAAGUUUGUCUUGA